AUGAGGAUAAAUUACCGCAAGAAAAGACCAAAGCGAUCCAUUGUCUCACAUGAAAAAACUUUAGCAGAAGAAAGUGAGGAAGAGUUCAAAAAAGACGACAGAUAUAUGGCACCAAGGCCCAGACAGGAAAGGAAACGUGAUCGCCACCACCCGAACAAGAAGCAAAAAAGGAAAAAUAAGUAUGAAAAAUUUGAAAUCAACAACUAUAUCAACGAUGAUGAAUUCUCAGUAACUUCUUCUCAAGAAAAUGACUUCAUUCUCAAACAAGACAAGAACGACCGUAGUCGUGAUUUUGAACGAACCAUUUAUAUAGACCAGUUUGGCGAAGCUAAAGACACGAGAGCUACUCAAACUGAUGCCAAGCGCAAAGAAAAGUCCUCAAAGGGAGAGAAAUAUGACAAACCUAAAGAAAAAGAUGCUUCGUGGUAUGAGAAACGUGCCAUGCUUCGUACUGAGGCAAGAAAGAAACUAGAGCAUGAAUUAUUUGGGGACAACUCAAACAGUGGCUGGUAUUUCAAGCGCAUGCAGAAAAGAGAGCAAUGUCGCGUAAAGGGAGACAACAGUACUCACCGAAAGCACGAAAAAUCGAAGCGGGCCAUGAAUUUCAAGACCAAACGCUAG